CUGCCGGCAGCGCCAUGGAGACGGUGCAGCUGAGGAACCCGCCGCGCCGGCAGCUGAAAAAGCUGGAUGAGGAUAGUUUAACUAAACAACCAGAAGAAGUGUUUGAUGUCUUAGAGAAACUUGGAGAAGGUUGGAAAAAUACUCUUUGGAAUCAAGCAAGACAUCAAGCAGAGAAGGGAAGUAAAAGAGGACACCAGCUGUGCUGUUAGAAGACAAGUACAAGAUGAUUCUGAAGACUGCAAGUUGACUUGGCAUCCUUAAAGACCUAUGCAUGUCUUCAUCGAGGAACUUGGAAAUUUCCUUACAAAGAUAAAACCAGCAAGAAAAUCUAAGUUAAGCUUAAGAUCUUUCUCCUUGUGUUAUCACCAUACUGUUGUUUUACGUGAUACCACAGAUGCUUGGAUUUCUGUUAUCACGGCUGAAUGAACCAGAACAAGCUUCAUUUAACUAACAGAAUCCUGAAGGAAGACCUUAACUCCAUUUAACUGUCUAAACACAAACUGCCGUGCCAUCCUUGAACUGUUCCGGAAAAUGAAUAGACUAUGAACACUCACUGACUUGUGUCUUAUGAAAUGAACUCUGGCCGAUGGACUGUGUUGGAUUCUCUGGAGGCCACGGUUGUUCUAUGUAUGGAGGAAAUCCUGUGGAUCUGUGGCAGAGUAGAGCCAACAUUCCAGACCAGGACGAGUGGACCAUGCUUGGUCCUAUGGCAGUGUAUACAAAGCAAUUCACAAAGAGACUGGUCAGAUUGUCGCUAUUAAGCAAGUUCCUGUGGAAUCAGACCUGCAGGAGAUAAUCAAAGAAAUCUCUAUAAUGCAACAAUGUGACAGCCCUCACGUAGUCAAAUAUUAUGGCAGUUAUUUUAAGAACACAGACUUGUGGAUCGUUAUGGAGUACUGUGGGGCUGGUUCUGUGUCUGAUAUCAUUCGAUUAAGAAAUAAAACGUUAACAGAAGAUGAGAUAGCUACAAUAUUACAAUCAACACUUAAGGGACUGGAAUACCUUCAUUUUAUGAGAAAAAUACACCGAGAUAUCAAGGCAGGAAAUAUUUUGCUAAAUACAGAAGGACAUGCAAAACUUGCAGAUUUUGGGGUAGCAGGUCAACUUACAGAUACCAUGGCCAAAAGAAACACAGUGAUAGGAACACCAUUUUGGAUGGCUCCAGAAGUGAUUCAGGAAAUUGGAUACAACUGUGUGGCAGACAUCUGGUCGUUGGGAAUAACUGCCAUAGAAAUGGCUGAGGGAAAGCCGCCAUAUGCCGAUAUCCAUCCAAUGAGGGCGAUCUUCAUGAUUCCCACCAACCCUCCCCCCACAUUUCGAAAGCCAGAACUGUGGUCCGUUAACUUCAUGGAUUUUGUGAAGCAGUGUCUUGUAAAAAGCCCUGAGCAGAGAGCCACAGCCACUCAACUCCUACAGCACCCAUUUGUCAAGAGUGCCAAGGGAGUGUCGAUACUGCGGGACUUAAUUAACGAGGCCAUGGAUGUGAAGCUGAAACGCCAGGAAGCCCAGCAGCGGGAGGUGGACCAGGACGACGAGGAGAACUCCGAGGAGGAUGAGAUGGACUCCGGCACGAUGGUUCGAGCAGCGGGUGAUGAGAUGGGCACCGUCCGGGUAGCCAGCACCGUGAGUGAUGGAGCCGGCACUAUGAUCGAGCACGGGGACACAUUGCCGUCACAGCUGGGCACCAUGGUGAUCAACGCGGAGGAUGAGGAAGAGGAAGGGACCAUGAAAAGAAGGGAUGAGACCAUGCAGCCUGCCAAACCAUCUUUCCUUGAAUACUUUGAACAAAAAGAAAAGGAAAAUCAGAUCAACAGCUUCGGCCAGAGUGUACCUGGUCCCCUGAGGAACUCCUCAGACUGGAAAGUGCCGCAGGAUGGAGACUAUGAGUUUCUUAAGAGUUGGACAGUGGAGGACCUUCAGAAAAGGCUCCUGGCCCUCGACCCCAUGAUGGAGCAAGAGAUUGAAGAGAUCCGGCAGAAGUACCAGUCCAAGAGGCAGCCAAUCCUGGAUGCCAUUGAGGCUAAGAAGCGGCGGCAACAAAACUUUUGAGGGCGGCCCGGCCCCGAGCGCACGCCCGCCCGCCCGCCCGCCAGGCCUUCGGUGAACUCGGGCUGCUCGCCGGCACUUCAGCCCGGUCGUUUCUCCACAGCACCUUCACCUUCGUGAACUCAGGAAGUGCGCCAGUGGGAAGGGCUGCCUGCCAUCAGCGUGCUGUCUUGCGUAUGUAUUUAAAUUGGUCUGUUUUAUUAUUUCAAAGGAUUUGUAUCGGCGCUUUUAAACUCAGAGUUUUAAACCCCAGGAACAGAGACUCCAGGGUGAGUGAUAGCUGGGAAAGUGUUACAUGUUGUCUUGUCUUUCUUCUCCCAAUGGCUUUCGAUUGUUCUUUCUGGAAGACUUUUUAAAGAUAUAUAAAUAUGCACAUAUAUAUAAAUUAUAACUGGAUCCCCACCGAGUGUGGUGGCAUCUCUGUACAGGUACAGGUGGAAACAGUUGGCCUCUUUUCUGUAAGAUUACGGUACUGGAGGGCAGAGGGCAGGGCACGCCAGGGGACUAUUGGGCUCCCUCAGCUCCCACGACCCACCCUCACCCUUCUGCAGGGCUGCAUUUAAAAAUGAGGUUUGGGCCGGGUCUUCCCCAUGGUUUCAGCCUUGUGUGGGUCAUCUCUGGCUUCUGGAGCUGUGGACCACGUCCGAGGGAAAGCCUUGAGAGUUUGUUUACUUCUUGAGUCCCAGGAGAAGCCUGGCACCCUCUUUGCAAACCGCCCCGUGUGGCUUCAAUGCCUUCCAUCCAUCUGCACUCUCCCAACCGCCGAGAGUCCCAGCACAGAUACUGCCCAGUGCCUUAAGAGGAGACGCGACCCAUUGCGGGGACGAGCUUGCCAGGACAUCUCCACACACACGGGGCUGUGUGCAGUCCGCAGAAGGGAGAGUGUGUUCGGAGUUCUCACUGUUCACGCGGACAUCGCACAGGGGCGUUUUGCUCCGCGUUCCUUACAGACGGGGGUAGAGGGCAUUGCUUUUGUGACCACAUUCCAUUAUGUGACUUUUCUUUUUUAUUUUACUGCUGAGGGGUCUGGAAAGGAUACAUGAAUACCAGACUGAGGUCUGUUCCCCAGGAGGCUCUGUCCAGGCCUGCAGAAACCCAGAGCUAGAAGGGACCACAGGCAUCGUCUGGCCUGACUGAGGCCCGGAGAGGGGAAGUGACAGGGUGACCAAAUCACAAAGCAAAUUGAAGUAAGAGCUGGGACGAGACCAGAGCUCCUCGCUCCUGGGCCACUGAUUGAAUGUUCCCUUCCCCAAGGGGAGAAACCUGUGUCCGUUUGGGUUAAGUUGUCCCAGGGAACACUACCAAGGGAAACUUGCUCGUGCUUGGUCUUGUCAGUGGAUGACUGGCUAGGAUGGGACCUGCAGGGGGAGCCAGGUGGGUCAGGCUUGGCCAGUCCGUGACUCUGCAGCCCCUGCCGGACAGCAGACAGCAGCAUGCAGGCGAUCUCGGGCCUCAGGCAGAUCAGAGGGCUUCACAAAGCACAGCACUAAGCCAUCCCUCUGCAGCACUGGCUCGAGGCCACAUGGUGUGUAGUCACACAGCAAAGAGGAGACAGGAAAGGCAAAUGUCUUCCCCUCAGGUGGGGGAGCUCUAAGUUGCACCUAAAGAUAGUGUAAUUUGACUCCAUAAUUGCUUUUGCUUCCCAAACCUGGGAAUCAAUGGAAUGGCAGGGAAUGUUCCUUUUCUCUGGCCAGAUUCUGUUCUUUGCAAUUCAAGCCAGUUUUUAAAAAUGUAAGGCAGUGGUUGGUCUGCAGGGUUUGUCCAGUUAGGCAGUUAUGUGGCAGAUACAGAGAACAGAGGACACUUAGAGGAUCCUACUAGAAGAAUCAAUGGCAGCUAGCAUUUGUUGACCACUUAGUGUAUGCCAGGCACUGAGGUAGGUGGGCUUUUUAUAGAUGUCAGAUCCAAACUUCACAGUAACUCCGUAAGUUAAGUAUAUUAUCUCCACUUCAUAGAUGAAGGAGUUAGGUUCAGAGAGAAAAAGGCAAUGUAUUUCCCAAGGCAAUAUGGCCAAUAAGUGCAGAAUCAGGAUUCCUGGCAUCACCAUGUGGGACCAGUAUUUACAGGGAAAAGGAAAAUCACAAGUCUUUAAAAUGAAGUGACUACCUUUUCUUGCACAGAAUAACUCCCACUGGCAGUUCUAGGUUGGAAAACGGCUGAGUUAGUAGUCCAGUCUGACAGCCAAGUUAGUCUCACCAACCUCAGCGUGGAGCGUGCAUUCCCCCUCACCAUCUGCUGUGCCCGCGAACAGGCCUGCCUCAGCCUCUUCCAUUUUAGAAAGGACUUCACACUUGGCCAGACAGGAGGAGAAGUGCCCAUUUCUUCCUUCCUAAGCUAGACCCAAGUAAAAGAAGGUUUCACUUUUUCCCCAUAAAUAUUCUUGGGUCAUGAAUCUUGAUCCUGAGUUUAUUCUAUUCUGUUCCAGGCAUGUGUGUACCCACCAUGCUGGCCCAGCACGGAACACUGCUCCCCAGUCUAGCUGGACAGAGCCUCUGGCCAGAAGUCAGUGUUUUUGGACCAGGUCCAUCUCCUGACACAGUGUGUUUGUUUCCUAGUGCUGGACAGGCAGAGGGGCAAGUCCUAGUUGUUCCCCGUGAGCACUACAGGAUAGGUCAGCGUGCUUUCCUUGAGCCCUGAGCUUCAGCAUCUGUGGCUUGAGCUCCCGGGGAACUCUGUGGCCCUCACCUCUUCCCUCUUUUUAAGAAACAAUGACCCACACCUAAUUGUAUCUUUAAAAAAUCUCAAAUUCUCUGAGGAUACCUUGAUUGCUUUCUCAUGAGUAAUUUUGAAGCAGAUUUCUAUUUUUCUUUUUCCUUUGUCCCUUCUCCCAACCACCAACUGGAAGGAUAGAUGGAUGAAUGAAUGUUGGACAGGCUGGCUGGCUAGGUCGGUAGGUAGGUAGGUAGUUAGGACCAAUACCCUGAAGCAACUUAAGAGCAAUAGCCUUGACUCCUGGGCUCCUCGAACCUCCUAUUCUGAUCCAGGAAACAAUUAUUUAGCACCUGCCAGAUGCCAGAGAUUUAUUAUACCACUUAAAUUUCAGUAGCUCUUACCCAUAUCAGAAAUGAGAGAAGAGACAUCGUUAUAGCUCCUACAGAUAUUAAAAGGCUAAGAACAAUGUCAUGAACAACUUUAUGCUAAUAUAUUCAACCACGUAAAUAAAAUGGACAAAUUCCCUGAAAGAUACAAAACACCAAAGCUCACUCCAUAGAUCAUCCGAGCAGCCCUAUAUCUAUUAAAUCUGGGCGAUCUAGGUAUUAUGGUCCUCAUUUUACACAUAAGGAAACCGAGGCUCAGAGAGGUGAAGUCUGUUGCUCAAGGUCAUGCAGCUAAAAUACGGCAGAGCUCGGAUUCAAAUGCAGGGCUUCUGAUUCUGAUUCCAGUGCCCUUCCCAGCAUACCACGUUGCCUCUGCAGAUCGCUGCUCCUCGGCCCCCACCCCAUCCCUUUCUCAUACACUGUGUUUUCAUCGGCAUUGUAUUCAUUAUAUUGAGACUCCAUGUUCUUUUCUGUGUUUGGAGAAAACAAAAUCUCUUCCACCAGCUUGCACUCGAACCAACUUGGAAAAAGCUUAAAUGCUGUUGCUGAUGUACAACUUAAAAAUGUGAAGUUUGUAGCUUUAACUUUUUGUAAUAAAAACUAAUAACACUGGCUUAAGUGCUGACUUGAAAUGCUAUUUUAUAAAGUUUGGAUGUAAAUAAUCAGUCGAGGUCAGCAGUUUGUAUAUGUAUGAGACCUAGCUUCCUCCCUGCAUUCCCCCCUUUUUUAAUUUGAGGUGCUUCCUGUGUGCUUUUAUGUUAGAAUUGUUGUUCUCCCUACUUCCUACACAUUGCCACCUUUGUCUUAAAUAAACUGUCCUUUGGAACACAA